UCAGUCAAAGGGCAGGACUGAUGUCGGCUCAAUGGUGGACUGAUUAUCCCCUACCUAUACCGACACUCUCUCACUUCCUACCGCUGUUCUCUCCGACAUAUCCACAUACAGCCGCAGCACAUCCAACAGCAGACUGGCCCAGUCCCCUUCUUUUUGUUCUGUUCUUGCCUCCCGCUGUUUUUUCUGGGAGACCCGGAAUUGUUCCUUCUCCGCUACACCAUUCUUGAAUUCAAAGCUCCGAUUUUGCGCUCUCAGUAUCGUUUGGAGCUCAUGUCUCUGGUCAGUGGUUCAGUGCCAGUUUCCGAGGAGAUGGGGGUCGAGGAGACCAAGGAAGUGGGGGAGAACAGUGGGACUGCGGCCGUGGAGGUGAAAGCAGAUGAGAGGGUCGAUGGUGGCGGAGAGAAUGACACUGAUGAUGAAGCCAGAGAGGAAGAAGAUGAGGAAGGGAGUAAGUUGCAGCUGGGUCCUCGGAUCUCCCUCAAACAGCAUCUCGAGAAAGACAAGGACGAUGAGAGCCUUAGGAGAUGGAAGGAGAAGCUUCUUGGGAGUGUGGAUUUCGACCACAUUGGAGAAUCUUUUGAACCGGAAGUGAAGAUCCUCAGCCUUGCAAUCAUUUCUCCUGGUAGGCCCAAUAUAAUCCUCCCUGUUCCCGAGAAUGGCAACCCUAACGGCCUUUGGUUUACAUUAAAAGAAGGGAGCAGCUACAGGUUGAAAUUUACCUUUAAGGUCAGCAACAACAUUGUAUCCGGCCUGAAGUACGUUAACACCGUUUGGAAAUCUGGUCUCAAAGUGGACAGCACGAAAGAGAUGCUUGGGACCUUUAGCCCUGAGUUGGAGCCUUACACUCACAUGAUGCAUGAAGAGACAACUCCUUCAGGCAUUUUGGCGAGAGGAUCGUACUCUGCAAGAUCCAAGUUUCUUGAUGAUGAUGACAAGUGCUACUUGGAGAUCAAUUACACUUUCGCCAUUCAGAAGGACUGGGCCUCUUCUUAGAACUGACAACACAGUCCUGACGAGCUCCAGCCUCCUGGUAUGCUGAUUCCUGUGUGGUCCGCAGAUUUCUUCAACUCCCUCCUUAGAAGUUGUGAACAGUGUGAUCUGUCCGGUUAGGUCACUGUAUAGUUGAACAUCGACAUUAAUCCAAGUAAACUAAUGCUGGUAUUCGCCAUAUAUUAGAUUGCUGAACAGGUUGUGUUCGAGUGAGACCAUUGAACCUAUUGUGAAUUGAGGAUGGAGGUGAUUGAUUGGUCUGUUUGGUUCUAGCAAUAGACGCUUCAUACUGUCAA